AUGAGUGGAAACGAAAAGAGAGGCAAUCCCAGAAGGAAAAACCAGUACGGCUGGACCAGUUACACCAGAUCAUUCCAACUUCUUCAUGGUGAUGAGAUUGGCCUCUCACAACCAUCAUUGUCACGACUCAUUGCCAAGGUUUCUGCUGAGAUUGCAAGCUGGCGUCCCAGAUAUGUUUGCUUCCCGGAACAACUUGAGCAGGUUCAGCAAGAAUUUUACACAUACUCCAAUUUUCCUGGUGUCAUUGGGGCCAUCGACUGCACUCACAUUCUAGUGACAAAUCCUGGUGGAGAGAAUGGUCAGAUGUUCAUAAAUCGGAAGGGGAGGUCAUCAAUCAAUGUACAGGCAGUCUGCACCCUGGAUGGCUCUUUGACAAAUGUUGUGGCUCGUUGGCCCGGUGGGACACACGAUUCACGUAUUUUCCGAGAAUCAGCUUUGAAACAACGCCUUGAACAGGAAAGCCACGAGGCAAAGUGGCUUUUAGGUGAUAGUGGGUACCCAUGUCAUCCAUAUUUAAUGACACCACUUCUUAAUCCAAGAGAUGCAGCCGAAGGACGUUACAAUGCAGCUCAUAAAAGGGCCAGGAAUGUAAUAGAGCGUACUUUUGGACGAAUGAAAAGACGAUUCCCUUGCUUGAAUGGGAUGAGACUGAAGCUGGAGACCACUUUGAUUGUGAUCGUAGCUGUUUCUGUCUUGUGGAACAUUUCAAUCAAGAAUGGGGAUCCUGAAAUGGAAGGAGAUAUUGACCCAGACGAAGUUCCUGGUGACCAUGUACCUCCCCCGGGUGUCAACAAUCUGGAAGGUCGACUGAGACGACAGAAUCUCAUUAGGCAGCACUUUACUUAAGUUCAUAUCCAUCUCAUUUAAGUUCAUAGAAAUAGAUAUAAAGAACAGGAUGCAAAAUUCAAAACAUUUUAAAGUUAACCUCAUCCAGGCAGGGGGGGGGGACCAUAUUUUUGGUGCAUGAUUUUUUUACUGCUCUGCUUGCUAACUUAUUACUGUCAAGUCUUGCACAGUUUUUGAGACCAAAGUUUCAACACCCGGGUAUGCUGUUCCGAAAUUACGCAACAUUUUGUAAUUGCAUGUCAGACCAAAAAUAGCUCCAAAAUGUGAUUUUGUGCACAAAUUAAAUGCAAAUUGUGUUUUCAACCAAAAUUCAUAUAUUCUUUUUAUUCAUUUUUAGUUUUGAUGGUAUAAAUGGAUGUAUUUUAUGUUUAUGCUCUCAAAAGAGUCCCUGACAAAGUUCAUUGAAAUAUGUAAUGAAAUACAUAAGAAAUUGAUGUGAUAUCGCAAUUAUUUAUAUCACCUGCAUAGCAGAGUGAGACUAUAGGUGCCGGUUUCCGACGGCGCGGCGGCGGGGUCAACACCAAAUCUUAACCGAAAAUUAAGUUUUUGAAAUGACAGCAUAACUUAGACAGUAUAUGGACCUAGGUCAUGAAACUUGCCCAUAAGAGUAAUCAAAUAUCACUGUGUGAGUUUCAGGUCACAUGAUCAAGGUCAAAGGUCAUGUAAGGUCAAUGAACUUUGGCCAUGUUGGGGGGUAUUUGUUGAAUUACCAUCAUAUCUCUGUAAGUGUGUUGGUCUAGUUCAUAAAACGUGCACAUAAGAGUAACCAAGUAUCGGUAAACAUCUUGUGCGAGUUAUAAUAGUUUUCAAAGUCAGCACUGCUGCUAUAUUGAAUUGUGUGAUGCAGGUGAGACCGCCAGAGGCAUUCCAUUUGUUUCAUGUUCAUUUAGAUUAUUUGUUAAUGACAGCUGUCAGAUUUAUACCAGGGGGGGGGGGUAGUGACAAUUAAAUAGGCAUUAAAAAACUACCAUGCAUUCAAGUCGUGGAUAUUUUGUCAUUUUUAAUCUCAAAAAUCCAAUUCAAGAAAUUCAGCAUAAUAUUUCUUACAUUGCCAAUGUACCAUUGAAUCUUGAAGGGUUAUCCAAUACCACAUUUUUUCCAAAUGUAUCAGACAUAAUAGAAUGUAUAUUUUUGUAUAAAUCUGUAACUUUUCAACAUGAAUUGAAAAGUUAACUUUUCAAUAUGAAUUGAAAAGUUAACUUUUCAAAUAUGUAUAAAUCCCAAAAUGUAUAGCAGUUACCCACAAGCUACCAUGAUAGAGGACAACAAAAGUCCCGUUUAUCAAACCUUGAUUAAUCAUUGUUGCUUUACUGCCUGUGAGUUGUGAAGUCAUGUGGGAAUCCUACAUACAUGCAAUCAGUUAAAUUUGUAUCAAUUGGAAGCAUCGCCUUGACCUUAUUUGCAAAAUGCAGUUGUGUACAUAACCAAGUCAAUCAUCCUUUCUUUUGAAAAAAGACUUAUAAAGCAAGUGCUUCAUUUCCAUAUUUCUCCUUGCAAUGUGAGUGUUAAUGAUUAAUUUCUAAAAGUGGAUACUGCUGAAGUAAUAUGAAAGGAAUGAAAGCAUUAAGUUGAUCAUGGGCUUACAAUAAAUGUUUAUAUGCCACUUUUCCAAAAGGUUACAUUUCUUGGCAUAAAAUAGCAACUAAAUUUCCAUUCAAUAAAGUAUUUUGACUUUUUUAGUAAUUCAUAUCUGGAAUGGAAAAAACAAUGCCAUGGCUAAACAUGGUAUCCGUCCCUGUUCAAUAAUUCAAGCUUUUUCAACUGAACUUGCUUCUCCAGGUCUAUAACUUCUACUCUCAGUUCAUGCUCAAUCUUCAUUUGUGCCAGUUUCUCGUUUAGCUGUAUUACUGCAUGUUCCUUCAAGAGCUCUUGUAAUGUUGAAGAAGACUUAGAUGGCCGUGGGCAUGGAGAUGGUGUCCUUUGUCUCUUUGAUCUUGACCUGAAAAAAGUAAAUGGGGUUUCUGCAAUUUAUUUGUUAUGCAGACAUGUUAUCUAUAAACUAAAAAUAGUUUGUGAUUGUACUAAAAGAUUAUUCUUAAUAUUCCUUUGCAAUAGAUGGUUAAUGAAAUGUUUUAAAGUGUGAACAGAAUUUUGAUGCCAAUUUAAAAAAACUUCCUGCAGUACACUAAAACUUCACCAUUGAACUUUAGACAUUUCUUUUCUCAGGUCAAUUCUGGCAUUAAGUGAAAACCGCUCUUGCUUUGGACAGGUUGCAAUAGCAUUGCAAUAGUUGUAUUGUCUGAUAAUUAUCCAAUUACCUAACUGAUAUUAAAAAAGAUAAGAAAUUACAUAUAUAUUUAUAUUAUAUAUAUCCUCAUGUAUAUUUAUGAUAUAUAUUUUUAAGCUUCAAAAUAUAAACUUAUAAAUAAAAAAGACUAGUGAAUUUAGCUAUUAUUUACCAUGGUGUAGGAAAGGAAGGAUGGUCUUUUGAUGGAUUACUUGAGGAUGGUUGAUUUGAAGUGGUGUUUAUGGUCUUUGAACUUUGCUCAGUAGUGAUCUCGGUACUAUCUGUAGCAUCAGUAUUAUCGUCUUCAAGAAAUAUGAAGUUGUCCAGUUCUAAUUCUUCCUCAAUACUGAAAGAGAGAUAGAAAAAAAAGAAGAGGUGUGAGUAUAAAGAAUCUUGUGAGACAUGUUUUUGUUCAGGAAUCAAACGGUGAGAAUUGAGUAAUGCACCUGCUCUUAUAAUGUGAUUUUUGGAAAGUGAAAUACAUAAAGAUGAAAGGGUUAUGAAAGUUUA